AUGUCGGCAAACGUGACCGGCGCAGCGAUAAAUGGAACACAGUCCAUGUCGACCUGCUUCAACCCCACAGCAGUAAGAAUUGGUUCCACCUUUGCUUACUGUCUGCUUUCUGUUGUGUCACUGGCUGGAAAUAGCCUCGUUGGAAUCAUCGUCUAUAGGACUAAAACUCUGAGAACACCAACCAACAUUUUGAUUGUAAACAUGGCCAUGUCGGAUCUGUUGUAUCCGAUUUUCUCCUUUACGAGGUGUUUGACAGAGAUAAACACGGCCAGCAACUGGCUGAUCAAUGGUGCCCUUGGGCAAGCGUUGUGUAAGCUGAGUGUUUUCGCUGCAGAUGUCUCAACUCUGGUGUCAGUUCAGAGCCUGGUGCUGCUAGCAGUGGAUCGAUUUGUAGCUGUGGUAUUUCCUCUUCGCAUCCUACUGAUCAGUUCAAAGCGGUGCCGGUACUUCAUUCCCGUCAUUUGGAUCGUCGCCCUGGCAGUCCAUUCUCUAUACUUGUUCGCCUUGAAAGUUGUCGAGUAUUCAGAGGGACUGGCGUGUGUCCGUGAUUGGCAUGGCGUAUUUGGAGAGUCCUUUUCGCCUGCAGGCUACUUUCUGGGCUUGACCAUUGUUGUCAUCUUCGUCCCUUUAGUUUCGAAUGCCGUACUUUACUUCGCCAUCGCCUUAAGAAUUAAAUCCCAGAAGAUUCCAGGCGAGCAAUCAGCAAACGCAAGAAAACAGCGUUUGAAGAGAAAGAGAAAUGUUCUGAAGCUGUCCAUUGCCGUCGUGUUAGUUUUUGCUGUAUGCUGGCUGCCAUUCAGUAUCAUGGUCCUCUUCCAUCUCUUUUCAUCAGANAUGCGAUGGCCCUUCACCAGCAGUUGA